GCGCGGCCGGCGGGCUGCUGCCGCAGUGUCCUCCCGCCGGCCGGCGCGUUCCAGGCUCCCCGCGCUCCCGGCCCCGACGCCGGCCCCGCCAGCAUGAUGAGCUACGGCAGCGCGGACGGGCUGCUGCAGGGCCCCACGUACCCGCUGCCCUUGCCCCUGGCCCUGGGCUCGGGCCGCAAGAGCGCCGCGCUGAUGCGCUCCGCGGCCGGCGGCUCGGCGUCCAGCGGCUUCCACUCGUGGGCGCGGAGCUCGGGCUCGGGCUUCCGUUCCCGCGGCGCGCUGGCCGCCUCCAGCACCGAGAGCCUGGACUCGCUCAACGGGCCGGGGCUGGGCGGCGAGGGCCGCGGGGCGCGCAACGAGAAGGAGCUGCUGCAGGCGCUCAACGACCGCUUCGCCGGCUACAUCGACAAGGUGCGGCAGCUGGAGCUGCAGAACCGGCAGCUGGAAGGCGAGGCGGCCGCGCUGCGGCAGCAGCAGGCCGGCCGCUCGGCCAUGGGCGCGCUCUACGAGCGCGAGAUCCGCGAGAUGCGCGCGGCCGCGCUGCGCCUGGGCGCCGAGCAGGGCCAGCUGCGCCUGGAGCACGAGCGCCUGCUGGAGGACAUCGCGCACGCGCAGCAGCGCCUCGACGACGAGGCCCGCCAGCGCGAGGAGCUGCAGGCGGCGGCGCGCGCGCUGCACCGCUACGCGGACGAGGCCGGCCUGGCGCGCGCCGAGCUGCAGAAGAAGGUGCAGGCGCUGCAGGACGAGGGCGCCUUCCUCCGCCGCCGCCACGACGAGGAGGUGGCCGAGCUCCUCGGCCAGAUCCAGGCCGCGGGGCCCCCCGACGGCCGCGACCUCGUCAAGUCCGACGUGACGUCGGCGCUGCGCGAGAUCCGCGCGCAGCUCGAGGGCCACACGGUGCAGAACACGCUGCAGUCCGAGGAGUGGUUCCGAGUGAGGUUGGAUCGCUUGUCAGAAGCUGCCAAAGUGAACACAGACGCCAUGCGCUCGGCCCAGGAGGAGAUCACCGAAUACAGACGUCAGCUGCAGUCCAAGACCACCGAGCUAGAGGCCCUCAAGGGGACAAAGGACUCUUUGGAGAGGCAACGAUCAGAUCUGGAAGACCGCCAUCAUGCUGAUGUCAUCUCCUAUCAGGAGACCAUUCAGCAGCUGGACAGUGAGCUGAGGAACACCAAGUGGGAAAUGGCCGCCCAGCUCCGAGAGUACCAGGACUUGCUGAAUGUCAAGAUGGCCCUCGACAUUGAAAUCGCAGCCUACAGAAAACUUCUGGAAGGAGAAGAGUGUAGAAUUGGCUUUGGCCCGGGUCCUUUCUCCUUUCCUGAGGUGCCCCCCAAAACCCCGGCCACUUCCACACAUAUAAAAGUCAAAAGUGAAGAGAAGAUCAAAGUGGUUGAGAAGUCAGAGAAGGAGACGGUCAUUGUGGAAGAACAGACUGAGGAGAUCCAGGUGACUGAAGAGGUAACUGAGGAAGAGGAGAAGGAAGAAGAAAAAGAAGUAGCAGAAGAAGAAACUGGAGAGAAGGAAGAAAAAGGUAAAGAAGAAGGAGAAGAAGCAAAAUCUCCAGAGAAGGAAGCUAAGUCUCCUCCCACGGAAGAGGUCACAUCACCUGAGAAGGCUAAAUCUCCAGCAAAGGAAGAGGUCAAGUCUCCAGAAAAGGCCAAAUCUCCAGUGAAGGAAGAGGUCAAGUCUCCACCUGAGGUCAAGUCUCCAGAAAAGGCCAAAUCCCCAGCAAAGGAAGAGGUCAAGUCCCCCCCUGAGGUCAAGUCACCAGAAAAGGCCAAAUCCCCAGCGAAGGAAGAGGUCAAGUCCCCCCCUGAGGUCAAGUCUCCAGAAAAGGCCAAAUCCCCAACAAAGGAAGAGGUCAAAUCUCCAGAGAAGGCCAAAUCCCCAGUAAAAGAAGAGGUCAAGUCCCCCCCUGAGGUCAAAUCUCCAGAGAAGGCCAAAUCCCCAGCAAAAGAAGAGGCCAAGUCCCCCCCUGAGGUCAAAUCUCCAGAGAAGGCCAAAUCCCCAGCAAAAGAAGAGGCCAAGUCCCCCCCUGAGAUCAAAUCUCCAGAAAAAGCCAAAUCUCCAGCAAAGGAAGAGGCCAAGUCCCCUCCUGAGAUCAAAUCUCCAGAAAAAGCCAAAUCUCCAGCAAAGGAAGAGGUCAAGUCUCCAGAAAAGGCCAAAUCUCCAGCGAAGGAAGAGGUCAAGUCCCCCCCUGAGGUCAAGUCUCCAGAAAAGGCCAAAUCCCCAGCGAAGGAAGAGGUCAAGUCUCCAGAAAAGGCCAAAUCCCCAGUGAAGGAAGAGGUCAAGUCUCCAGAAAAGGCCAAAUCCCCAACAAAGGAAGAGGUCAAAUCUCCAGAAAAGGCCAAAUCCCCAGCAAAGGAAGAGGUCAAGUCCCCCCCUGAGGUCAAGUCUCCAGAAAAGGCCAAAUCCCCAGCAAAGGAAGAGGUCAAAUCUCCAGAAAAGGCCAAAUCCCCAGCAAAGGAAGAGGUCAAGUCCCCCGCUGAGGUCAAGUCUCCAGAAAAGGCCAAAUCCCCAGUGAAGGAGGAGGUCAAGUCCCCCCCUGAGGUCAAGUCUCCAGAGAAGGCCAAAUCCCCAGUGAAGGAGGAAGUAAGGUCCCCGGCAGACAUCAAAUCCCCAGUCAAGGCCAAAUCUCCAGAAAAGGGAGAUGCAAAAUCCCCCGAGAAAGAGGAAGACAAAGAGAGUGCCCCAAAGAAAGAAGUACCAAAGCCUCCUAGUGCACCUGUCAAAGAAGAAGGAAAGGAAGGUAAAGUGAAAGAAGCCCCCAAGAAGACAGAGGAGGAGAAAGCCCCAGCCAAAGCAGAAGAACCCAAGGAUGGCAAGAAAGAGGCCCCCAGAAAGGAGGCCGAGGAGAAACCCAAAGAGGCCCAAGGUGGGGCCAAGCCAGAAGGAGCCGGGAACCAUCAGGUGGCCCCCGCCCCAGAGCCCGCAAAGGGGGAAACCAAGGCCAAGGAGGCAGCAAAGCCCCAGGAGAAGAAGGGGCCGGAACCCCCCAAAACCCCCAGCCCUCCGGCCGCCAAGGAACCCGAGAAACCCAAACAGGAGGAAAAGAAAGCAGAGGAGAAACCCCAACCCGACCCCAAAGCCAAAGAGGAGGAAAAGGCGCCUCCCAAAGAAGCCGCCAAAACAGAAGCCCCCAAGGCCAGCAAGCCUAAGGCGGAGAAGGUGGAGAAAUCCUCCAGCACCGACCAGAAGGAGAGCAAAGCCUCCGAGCCCGGGGCCGACGACAAAGCCAAGAAGGGCGAUAAGUAACCGCAGGAGUCGGGUCCAGAAAUGUCCAGCGGGAGCAGCCAAAGAAACUUGAACAGGUCAAUCAACUCUCAUUUAUUUUAUUUCUUCCGACCUCCAGAGACCGUGGUCAGACUGCAAGAUACUCUCCUUUUCUAAGCUGGAAUUCCUGGUAGCAAUACGUAGGAAAAACGGGAGAGAGGAAAACCAGAUCCCCCUCCCCGGGAGCCCUCCCCCACCCACCCACCCGAGCCCCCACCCUCUGCCCUCACCGACGAUGGUCAACUAUGUUAUGAUAGCUUAACUAGCAGAAUGUGAUAUAUGCCGAAUGCCACAUGUAAACACCUGCCCCCCCUCCCAAUAAGUGCAUUUAUUUCCUGUAUGUACAAUCAAUUGAUGGACAACUGCAAUAAUGAAUGUCCACGCCGUGGAAGCUGCGUUGUGCUUGAAGUGUCUUAAAACGGCACGGAUGCCUUUUUUGGUUUCUUUCCCAAAGGAAAUCUGUCGCUCCCCUCGCGGCGCAGCGGCGGCGCUGCCGGACGGGGGCCCAGGAGGAUGCACGGGCAGCCACACAGUGUCAACACGCCACCAACUCAGAGGAGCACCGUUCAACCUGAGGCCACUUUCAAUUGCUUGUGUGCAAUAAAACAAGAGAGCUUAUACAGA